AUGCGGCAAACAACCGCACGCUUAUUCCAGUCCCUUCGCCCACUGUAUCAUGAAAAUCCCCUAGGCCUACCGCGAUCCGGUACUCCACCAACAUGGCAAAAACGCCCUCAACGGCGCAAAAUAACCGGCGUUGACAAGGUCAUCGCUGUGUCCUCCGCCAAGGGCGGCGUUGGAAAGAGCACAGUGGCAGCUAACUUGUCACUUGCGUUCGCCAGGUUAGGCUUACGAGCAGGUAUUUUGGACACAGAUAUAUUUGGACCGUCGAUCCCGACACUCUUCGAUUUAUCUGGAGAGCCGAGAUUAUCCAAGAACAACCAGCUUGUUCCUCUCACAAACUAUGGCGUCAAAACCAUGUCCAUGGGCUAUCUUGUUGGCGAGAAUGCGCCUGUCGUGUGGCGGGGACCAAUGGUGAUGAAGGCCAUUCAACAACUUCUUCACGAGGUAGAAUGGGGCGGUUUGGACGUUCUGGUUCUUGACUUACCGCCUGGAACUGGUGAUACGCAGCUGACAAUUACCCAACAAGUCAUUUUGGAUGGCUCUAUCAUUGUUACUACGCCUCAUACUUUGGCUACAAAAGACGCCGUCAAAGGUAUCAACAUGUUCAAAACUGUGGACGUGAAUAUUCUGGGCUUGGUUCAAAACAUGUCAUUGUUCAAAUGUCCUCAUUGUCAUGGUGAGACCAACGUAUUUGGAUCGAAUGAGCGGGUGGAGAAACUGUGCAAGGAGCACGGGAUAGAUUUCUUGGGCGAUAUUCCUCUCCAUCCAAACAUCGGGGACGACGCGGAGAGAGGGAAGCCUACGGUGGUGGCUGAGCCGUCGAGUGAAAGGGCGACAGCUUUUCUACAAGUUGCUCAAAAGGUCUUGCCAAAAGUUGGACUGAAGACGGGUUAG